AUGCAUUGUAGACACAAUCUGGAUUUUCUGGGCCCCCUUGGGCCAUCGGGACCUUGUUCCAACCUCAUCUAUGCUCACUGUUACAUCAAACGCCCCAACUCCGAAGGCACAGAAGACCCAGGUCUGGCCCUAGAGCACCUCGCCAUCCUCAGCAUCCCCUGGCCGUGCGUGGCCACCGGCAUCGAUGUGGUUUUACACACGAGUCCCCGUCCCCUGAUGGCACGCGCCCGAGACACCGACAAGAGCGUGCGCCCCGGGCAGAGCCCAGAAUGCCUCCCGGGAAGCCCCUUCCGGAAGCUCCGGCCCAGGGGGGUCACAGUCCGAUUCCGAGGGACCCAGCUGCCCACCGCUGACCUCUCCCGCCCGCCCCCACCCCGAAAUCUCCGCAAUCCUGGGAGACAGCUGCAGCCCCAGCGAGCGAGCCGAGCCCCGCGCAGCCCAGAGCAGGUGCACCUGCAGAGCCUGGCGUUGGCUUUGCGUCGAUUAAACACCUCCUCUUCGCACAAACCCCGGCGCCCCUCGUCCACUGUCUGGACCCAAGGACCCCCCUCUCGGGUCGAGGAGGGGCGGACGGCAGCUCGGAACCCACAAGCCAGAGAGUGUCCGCUCGCCCGCAGAAGGCAGCCGCCACCUGCUCUCCAAGGUCCCGCUCCAGCCCCUCCGUCGCGGGUCCCUUACCUUGUGGCCUUUCCCCGGGGGACACCUGACGUUAUUGGAGGCUCCUGCUGUCUGAUUCAUGUCCGGAGGAAGUUGGGGACCGAUUCUCUACCUUCGAAACUUCCUUGGCGCGUGGAGGGUGACAAAGGUGCGCGUCUCCCGGAGGCGAGGUGGGUCCUCCCGCUCCAGCCAAGCCCCGGCGACGUCUCCCCGCGACAGGUUUCCGCGGGGCCCCUGGUCCAGGGAUGCUUAGCCCUGCAGCCCGAGCCGGAGAAAGAGAAGCAGCUGCUGGGACCCCGGAGGGAGCCGGGCCGGCGCCGGCGGCUCCGAGGGCGCUCUGCCCAGGGCUGCCUUCCCGGGAAACAGUCCAGGACUCUCAAGACCAGAAGCGCGAGCAAAUCCGAAAAGAGCUCCGAGGAGGGGCGAGGAGCUCCUGCAGGAGCUCCAGUCGCCAAAUCUACCGGCGAUGGUCGGGAGGUGGCACGCGAGGCUCCGCCGGGCGCCACUGCACAGGGGAGGCGAGGACGCGGAGGGGGCGGAGGAGGAGCUGGGACGAGAGAGUCCCCGCCAGCCAUGGCUGAGGAUGGAGGCAUCCGGCUCCAGGGCAGGCGCUGCUGCCCCGGGCUGGGGUCCGCGGGGCCCCAUCUCCGUGACCGUGACCAGGGCGUCCUGGGGGGCAGGGCAGCGAGUUCAUCCACCUCUUUCUGCCCCCCGCCCCUGGAUUUUUCUUUGUAUUUUCCUUUUACUUUCGGCGCCUGGGAGGUCCUGGUCUAAUUAGGCAGCGUGGGGCACGAGGUGGCACAUUGACCCUUGGGGAUUAAGACAAGCAAACCAAAAAAGAGCAACGGCUCUGGGCUCUGUGAAGACUGCAUUGCAACAUAUUCAAAUCGCAAGUCUGACCGGCGGGCCAUUAGGAUCCAGCCCUAUCAGUGGACCAGAUGUUGAGUUUUGUCUAGAUUUAUCCAGGUGGUGAUGGUUGGGUUUGAAUGUCCCGAGCGGACAAUCAAGCCGCCUAACUGGGUUUCAAUUUUCCCAUCCCGCGUUCUUAGUUUCAUCAUCUAGACGCGAAGGAGGGAGCUGGUUUCACCUGUGAGAACUGGAGGUGAACAGUGAAUUGCUAGCAGAAGCUCCUCUCCACGGGGUGGCCGGGAAGAGUAAAAAGAUUUCACUCUCAGGUGUUUGCUGAUGUUUAUGGUCAUUUCUUUAACAGACCCCAAUCCACAGAAUAAGUUAUCCUGUGUGGUGACUUUAGCCCAGUGACAAGUUCGAAAGGGACUGGGGACAUUUCUGUUCUGUGACUGGGAAGUGACUUGUGACAUUGCUUCCUGUGGAAAGGCAAAUUUUGUGCAGGUGUAAGUCAGAGGACACAGCGUGGCUGUGGAGGCCGAUAUGGUUAGACUCUUGGCUUUGCUCUCCCUGGUGUACUUCCCUGGGCCACUUCUUUCUCUCAUUUCUUUUCCUGCUCCGAGGUCGUUGCUACUGUGCCAUCUUCCGGAUUAAAACCUGGCUUCAAAAUGUUGAUGGGUGGGAGGUGCUUAGCAAGGCAGUAGAUGGUCACCAGGUGGCAGGCGACCUUGGGUACGACUGCCUGGAGUGAUCGGGAGUACUUGACACAAUUACAGAGACUGAUGCUCAGGUCCACUCUGUUCUGGAGUAAAAAUCUGUAAGGAGGUGGCCCCUGCGAAUGGCCGCAUGGAGUUUCCAGCCGCCACCACGCUGCUCCUCUCCCAGCCUCCAGCAAUUCAUCAAAACUGCCCCUGCCUCGUCCUCCAAGUUCGUGUAGGCGGGGCCUCUGCUCCAGGGAAGCAGAGCUCAGCCCUGACCCCCUGGGUUCACUCAUCUCUGCAGAUUCCUGGGGCACCGCCGUUCUCUUCUGGGUCCAAGAAACCUCAUCAGCUUUCAUUGCGUUCAGGUUUUUCUAGUUGUAACUGCAGAAGCGAUGACGUGUAAGCUCCUGACAUGUUGGGGCUGAAACCAGACGUCUCUGUGUAUCUGUCUAGUCCUGGGUCUUCUAUUUUCUUUUUGCUUCAUGAUUCUUACCUUACUUUCUCUCUCUUCUCUCCUAUCAUACCGUGAGCAGCAAGAAAAACACAGAUGGUAACUUGGGCACAGCUCACAAAUCACUUGAGCGAAAUAACCAAGUUCAUUAGGUAACACUAGAAAAACCUCUUCGGUUUUCGGCGUCACCGCAGACCACACUCCCGCGAACUGUUCUGCCCUUUCCUGAUAAACAUCGUGCUUCCAGUGGGAUCGCUGGGGAGGCAUGCCCGAAGCAGCCUUCUAUAACCUGUAUCACUGUAUUUUAAUGAUUAAUAUGAAGGCUAGAAAAUUCAUUGCAGUGUGGUCAACUGUAGGAAGACAGUGUGCUUGGGUGUAGUAAAAUUCAGAGCUGACAGAUCUGGCAGAAUUCAUUAGUGGUCUCUUUUUCAGUCUUGAAGAAGCAAUACCACACCAAGGGUCACACUGUGUUGGGCUUGAAGAAGCAUGU